AUGGCGUCUGAGAUCGACAAUUCCAGAUCCGAAUCUACAACCAACGGCGAAUCUCCUCCAUGCGCGCCACACAAAGUUGCACUGAUCACGGGAAUCAUUGGCCAAGAUGGUUCCUACCUGACUGAGUUUUUACUCGACAAAGGCUACGAGGUACACGGCUUGAUCCGACGGUCCUCCAACUUCAACACUCAGCGAAUCAACCACAUCUAUAUCGACCCCCACAAUGCCCACAAGGCUCGAAUGAAGCUUCACUACGCCGACCUCAUCAAUGCCUCCUCUCUUUGUAGCUGGCUUGACACGAUUCUCCCAGACGAGGUUUACAACCUCGCUACCCAAUCCCACAUGGCUGUCUCAUUUGAGAUCCCAGAUUACAUCGCCGAUGUUGUCACCACUAGGGGCCUCCAUCUCCUCAAAGCUGUUCGAUCCCACAUCGCCGCCACUGGGCGCAACCAUAUUCGAUACUACCAAGCUAGAUUGUUAGAAAUGUUCGGCUCGACACCGCCUCCGUAG